GGGCAUUUGGUACGCCAUGAGCGGUUAUGCCGGGAUUUCUCGGCGUAUUAAAGGAUGUGUGUUGCAAUUGAGCGCGGCCGUUCAGAAGGGGGAAUUUAGGGGCAUCGAGGGGCCCACGCAGAGAUUGGAAGCGUUGUUGAGGGAGCUUGCGGACCAUGUCGUUUCGUUAGAUAUAGAUCCAAACCAGGCAAUGGUCCUAGACGCGCAACUUGGAUUUCAGACCCUUAUGGGUUUGAAGCCGGAGAUGAACGUGCUGGUGGACGGACCCGACUUGUUUCCAAUGAUUACAUCUUAUUUGAAGAGACCUUGGUGCAUGACAAACACGGUGUCCCAUUUUGCCUUCGGCUUUCUCUACAAUUUGGCGCAGCUCAAUAGCGCAAGAUUCGAUGCCAUCUGCGAAAACGACGGAAUUACUGCACUCAAGGAGUACUAUUAUUAUUCUGUUGCAAGUAAUGAAGGCGAAGCACCGCUGUCUUCGGCGAGCAGAACCAAACUCAAUUUAUUUCUGGCAUUUUUGUACCAGCUGAGCAAGGGAAGAGAGCAGGUUUUUGUUUCAGAAGGAGUGCUCGAUCUAGUUCUGAGGCAUGCUCACAACGUGGACCAUGUCUUGGUAUUUUUGUCGAGUUUUUUGCACCAGGAAAAUUUGCCUGAAACGAUUCAUUAUGUGGUCAACCACAAGGAGUUUCUCAAACUCGUCCAGACAACUGACCCGAACUCCCCGAGAUUGAAGUUGGUCAUCACCAUAUUGCGUAACUUGGCUCUUUCGCCCAACACGCAGAGCACUAUCUUGCCCUUGAUUCCCAGAAUGGCAGAGGGUGCUGUCGAGUAUAUGGAUGUCGAUAAUCUGCUCAGCAUUGUCUCGAACUUGGCUGCCACCAAUCAGGCAGAGAUAGAUUGGUCCGCGUUUUUUUCGGCGAUCUUCCCAUCUAUACUGAAAAAAUUAGAGGCGCAUCUUUUGGAAAUAGGCCGAGAAGAUCAAUUCUAUAGCGCUUCUGACCAGAUCAAUCCGUCCAAAAGGCAUUUUUGGGCUCGGCUCAUGCAAAUCCUGAAGCAGCCGAGGGCGCUCGAAGCGAGCCGUUCCUGCGCUCCCGAACAAGCUAAGACACUGAUGGAAAUGGUCUUGCGCUCUGAUGAGUUUGUUCUUUCGAACCCGACCAACAAAGAGGUGCUUGCUCGCUAUUUCGAGGGCGUUGGUGCGGACGAGCAGCGCGUUGAGAAGACAACCGAGGGAGAUGUGGAAACGAGCGCGCAUAUGAUGCCCGGCGGCCAGUGCGGAGUCAAGGAUGCGUUCGUUGAAGAACAAAAGACGGUGGAGCGAAAGGCGUACUCACUAGAAAGGGAGAAAAGCUGACAAGUGUGUACGGUAUGAAAUUCAUUCUUUUAAGAAAAUCCAGAAAACCGGAGAGUAAAUGGUAAGUCUUGGCUUAUUGCGUGAAAAGUCUGGCCCAAAACAAUGUGAGGUGCCGAGGCGCGGUAGGGAGCUGGCUCCGGGACUUUUUGAUAGCAAGGAGAGGAAAAAAAUACUGCAGAGGAUCAAUAUCCACAGGUGGAUAUAGGUAGAGUACAUGGCGACAGAACUGGCUGCAGCGACAGAUAUCAGCAUCUGAAUUAGUAGAAUACGCAGCCGAAGAGACUUUGGUUUUGACAUGGCGAAGACAUUGAAAAAGGAGAGUUAUGGAGCAGGUCAAGAAGAAAGAAAUUGAGUUGACUGAUUUAGAGCAGCAGAGUUGGUGCCAACCGAUGAAGAGUAAGCGGGUCGAGAGAAAGCGCCCGGGGCCUGGAAGAUUUAGAAGUCUCAGCGAAAUACCAGGACUGGGGAACAACCACAACGCGAAUGAAUUUGCAUUCAAGGCAGUACUGGCCGUGUCUGCCAAAUGCGUGACCGGGGGUGUUGUUGCGUGCUUCGAAAGGGGAGACCGUAUGGUGCGGAGGGGUUGCGUUUGAGGAGUGUGCGAGCAAGGGGCUCGGUUAGAGCCGGGGACAAGCAAAAACGAGAAAGAAAAUCCAGGGCAUAAAAAAAUGAGUUCAGAAAAAAAGGAAGAAUUUCGUUUUUUCGAAAGUGAUGCGCCAAACGCAAUGGAUACAGAAAUUCCUAGCUUAACGAAGCAAAAAAUCGUGCGUCCACAAAACUGGCCGGCCGACAGGUGAAUUUCGAAAAUUGGGCGUCUGCGGAAUUGGAGCCGCGUGCGCCGACGAAGUCUCGCAAUUUUUAUUGAGUAAAAAAAUCGUGUCAACCAA